AUGGCAGACCGCUCCCCCAUCGCCUUCACCAUCACGCACAUGAACGCCAACCACCAAGACAGCCUAUCCGCCUACCUCCAAGUCUACUGCGACGUGUCGGCGCGCGCCGCCCAAAGCGCGCGCCUCGAAGACAUCAGCCUCUCGGACCUGGUGAUCCGCACCACGCACGACAACACGCGCUACACCGUGCCCCUCUCCCCCCCGAUGCAGAGUUUCUCCGAGUCGCGCACCCGCCUGGUCGCCAUGCACAAGGAGUGUCUGGCGCGGCUGGGCCGCUCCGACAUCACCAUCACGACCUACCGCCGGCCCGAGGGCAAGGAGAUCUUCCUCUUCGCGCUGUGCGUGUCGGCGUACGUCGCGUUCUGGCACCGCGGCAAUUUCCUGCCCGGCGCGUGGGUCUACGAGACGGUCGGGUUGGCCGCGGUGCCCGGGUUCGCGAGGGUCUGUUACAAGGCCCAGCCGCUGGUGUUGGCGAUCCUGGGGGGUUCGCAUGUCGUGGAGGCGAGUUUGUUGACGGUCAAGCGGUUGAGGCGGUAUGGCGUGCCCGUGCUCUCGUGGGUGUGGUGCGCGUGGGUGGUGUCGAAUCUCAUCGAGGGGUUUACGGUGUGGAUGCGGUUUGAUCGCGUGGUGAAGGAGGAGAGGGCGAAGAGGGAGCAUCGGGAGUAG